AUCGGGGCCGGGUCGGUGUCACAGCCCAGGGACCAUCGGGGCCGGAUUACAGUGGUUUUCCAUUCACCCCUCGGUGUUUACCCCACGAUCGGCAUCUUCCUCAGGCAAAACAAGGCUUUAGGCCUGAAGGUGAAGCAGCCACAACCCGGCCUCUUGUUUACUGUUGAAAAGAUGGGGAAUUCUGAAAGCAAUGCCUAUCAGAAUCACCUUUCCAGAUUUCUUCCUGAGGAGCAGUCUGACAUUGAUGGACUAUUCGAGACCUUAUCAGGAUCGAGUGGCUCAGCUGGAGCAAAAAAUGUCAAACCUGCAAAGAAAACUAUGAGUCUGGCAGCACUACAGGCACACACCCGGGAGCCCCUGCCAGAGCCCAUGACUGCUCGGUUGUACAAUGGAAUGAAAAGCAUUGACCUGCCUGGCAAAUCAUCCGGGCUGAGUGAACAGAUUGCUAAAGAGCAGUUUGUAAUUUUUAUGUCAAACCUCUUAAAAGGGAAUGCAGAUGAGAAGAUUAGCAUAAUAAUGAGAAUGAUCGCCAAGACAGGAGGGCCUCUGAAAGGCAAACAAAUUCUAGAGUUCAUAGAGGAUCUGAUCACGUCUGUAGUCCAUGUACUGAGCUACAGGAAGGAGCUGAAAGGUUGGACUUUGGAGAAUACGAGGGAUUCUUCAAGUGGAGUCAAAGCUUUAGCUUCUGAGCUGCUCUCAGAAUUGAGGCUUCCAGAUGGGACAAAACCCACGGGUUCUCAGCUGCUGGAGACAAAUUUUGACCAAGGUGUCAUUGAGGAUUGGGUGUACCGAGUUCCCCAGAUCUCAGUUUUCCUCAGUGUCGUCAUCAGGCAAGGCCUCCACGUCCUGCAUUCCCUCCCAGACCAAACCAACGACAUCCUCAACCUGGUUCCUCACUGCAAAGGCAUCAAAGGACGAGGAGUUGUCAGUCUCUUUGACAUCCCAGCCAUCAUCUACAUCAACUCCCACCUGCCUGCAGAGAUGCAGCACAAGUGGCAGCUUUUAUUUUCCUCCAGGCUCCACGGGGAAAGCUUCUCACAGUUGUGUGCCCAUAUAGUGAACAAAGGUCCUUGCAUAGUGAUCAUAAGGGACUUGGAUGGUUUCCUCUUUGGUGGGUUUGCAUCUCACUCCUGGGAAGUGAAGCCACAGUUUCAAGGUGACAACAGAUGCUUUCUGUUUUCUGUUUUCCCCACUCUGGCUGUAUACACAUACACAGGGUACAAUGACCACUACAUGUAUUUAAACCAUGGCCAACAGACUAUGCCAAAUGGACUUGGUAUGGGUGGACAGCACAGCUACUUCGGGCUCUGGAUAGACAGUGACUAUGGGAAGGGCCACAGCAAAGCCAAACCUCGGUGCACCACCUACAACAGCCCCCAGCUGUCAGCCAAAGAGGAUUUUACACUGGAUGCCAUGGAAGUGUGGGCAGUGGGAGAUGUCCCUGAGAGUGCAGGGAAAAAAGGUAAGAAGAGUAUCCUGGAUGUGGAUCCUCAGGCUCAGGCCUUGUUAGAAAUGGCUGGAAAAAGCCGUCAGAGCGAAGGGCUGCGGGAGCCCCUGGAAGAGGAUGAAGAAGAUGAUGAUGAUGAUGAGAACUAAAGGAGCCACAGCAACACGAAAAACCCUUACUUUUAUUUGCUUCAAGUGGUGAUGAUGUCCCUUGGACAAGAUAUUUUUUUCCUUUUUUUUUCUCCCUUGAAUGUACCUAAUUGGGGCAAAGCUUAAGCCUUGUACUUGUGUAAUAUUUAGGUCUAAAGCACUGUUCUGCCUGAAGGGUUUUGUUUGGGGAGGACAGAAAAAUUAACUGGGGACAUAAUCAUUAGGCAUGGCUGAGCUGUAGCUGAAUAUGAAUCUGCUUUCGUUCCCCAUAGAUCACAUCUGCACACUGAAUUAAAAGCAGCAGAAGUUAUUGACAGUAUGGCUUUCUGUCCUGGAGAAUUGAUAUGUACAUAGUUAUAUAUAUUUAUAAAGCCUGUUCAAGGCACUGAUUCAAGCUCUUAUACCUCAACUGCACAUAUUUAUUUGCAUGUAAUGAAAUUAGUCAGCAAAGCUUACAAACUGUAAUGAUGUCUUACACUGGUGAACAUAGAAUAGUCCACGUGGUGCCAUAUGAAGGAUGCUAUUAAUUGGCAUUGCUUCACUUAAAGCAUUGGAUUUCAAGCUUUUUAAGUCAGAUUUUCAGCAGCUGAUUCCAUGUGAGCUGUAGGAUGUCCAGAAUAGUUAAACAGCAACAAAACCACUAUCCCUAGUGCAUCUGACUUCAUCUGUUCUUGUCUCUUGCUUUUUAAACUUAGAGCAGAAUCGUUGGAGCCAUAUUUAUCCUAAAAAUGAGCCAUACCUCCAGCAGAAUUCUCUAGAGAAGGUACAUUCUUUAGUGGCCUCACAAGACUGGAGUAAAAGAUCAGCUUGUAAAAAAGGCUUGGUAAAAAGCAGCCACAUUUAAUUGGGAAUAGGAUCUGCAGAUACCUUGUGAAAGAAAUAAAAAUCAGGGUUAUGUCUGUAAAAUGUUUAAAGAAGAUUGCUGUACACUUUAUUUCCACAUAAUGAAUUGUUACCUGUUAUGGAAAAGAAUCCCCACAAUGUAAAAUGCAGUUGUUGGGGUUUGUGACUGUUCACCAGUCAGCACCAGUUUUGUCAGGUCUCUAAUACUCAGGACUUUUUCUACUUGAAUUAGUUCCCAUCUCUCAGAAAUUUGUAGUUUGACCUUGCUAAUUCUAUGUGCAGUUAACUUGUCAAAAAGAACCCUGAUUUCUGCCAGGGGCUGUGAUUCCUAACUCAGCAACAAGUGUUUGGUUAUCAGUGUCUCUGAUUGUCAGUCUUUCUCCUCCUGAGGAAAGGGACUGUGUCCUUCCCCUGUGUCCUGGCAUGAAUUUGUCUUCUUUGCAGCUUAGAGAAAAAAAAUAGAAUUCUGUAAAUUCUGCUCAUGUGGCCUUCCUUAAAAUUCUUUCCCUUGGUGUUUUCCUGUAUGAGAUCUUUUCCCCCCACCUGUUGUUUUUCAUAGGGAGCCAGGUUUGAAUAUUCUGAACAAUCUGCACUUGUGCCUUAACGUAGAUCUCAUUUUUAAAAAUUACAUUAAACAACAUGAAUUUAGCCUUGAAAAGAGAGCAUGAAGAAAUCACUCCAACCAGGCAUCCUGGGACUCAAAUGUGUGUUUUGUAGAGUACCUGAACUGAUGCUUGGGGCAUUUAUAUGCUGUUUGUUCCAGUACAGAGAGUGCUGUGAAAGGCCUGGGAGAAUGUCCUUUUAUGCUGUAUUUGCUUAGAGAAACCAGAUAAUCUCCUAAAUUUGUAACACACAGAAAAAAACCCCAAGCAUCAGAACAAUUGCACUGAUACUUUUGUACAGUUUUGUUCUCUCUAUAUAUUAAUAAUAUUGAAUUUUACAAUGUAAGGAGCAGUAAGUACAUGAUGCAGUCUGUAAAUGUGGUGAUAGCAGCUUUUGUUUGAACAUUCUCAAACUCCCACCACGAGUCUCAGAGAUCUUUUUCACUUAGCAGUGACUAAGCCUAUUAAACACUCCCAUGUGGAUGGCAUACAGGAUGAGACAGUUGAAUUUCACCAGUUAAACAUAAAAUAAACAGCUAGACUUUAUUUUCUUUCCAUUACAAGGCAGAAGCUUGUUUUUGAGAACUGAAACCAUCUGCAAGGGUAUAAAGAAA